GAAUGAGAGAAAUCUUUUGGAGGUGUUGCGAAAUAGACGAGAGUAAACUACAGAGUAAGAAUACAUCAUCACGACCUUCAACGGCAAUUAUCGUCUUCUGGUUCUACCCAAGAAAAUGCGUUUCGUCCGGUAUCACAAAAUCUACGACCGAGCGCCAGCUGGGAAAGAUGCGCAGCCAAGUGGAUCGUCUUCUUAUGACACCUCUACAACGGCUCAAUCGGAAUGGAUAGUCCAGGAGAAAAUACAUGGUGCGAACUUCUCUAUCCACGUGACCGAGUCCGAUAUCCGUUAUGCCAAAAGAGGAGCCUUUCUGGAUUUCGAUCAGGACUGUUUCAACGACUUCCAACGACUGGACGAUGUACUGCGUCCUGCAGCAAGAAAGUUGUGGCAAACGUCACAGAUAUCGACGGCGCCUGACCAGCCUCCAGCAACGAAGCGAGCCUGUAAACAAGCGAGCGCCGCAUCGUGUGGCGAAGCGUCCAUUAUGAAAGUGGCGAUAGCUCUUCGCCUGGUGCAUAGCGCUUGCUAGUCUUGGCCUAUAUUUGAACAAGGCCGGAUAGGUGUGCAAUUCAGCGACUUUCACGUAACUUUGUUGUAUGGUGAAUCGAGCAUCAAUAUAAUCGCCACCGAGAGCGAUUCGCAGGAACAAUUCUAAACAUGAGCAAAUCGCGAUAUAUGGCGAGCUCUUCGGCGGUUACCUGCCGUCGGAGAAAGAGGCACAACUCGGAUGGGACGCGCUGUUUCGCAGUAGGACAACGGCUGCUUCUCGGCAAGCAUCUUGCAGCGCGAAAAUUAUAGCGUCUCGUGCUGUACAAGAGGGAGUGUACUACGCGAGUGAUGUCAAAUUCAUCGUUUUCGAUAUUGUGGAAUUUUGGGAUAAUUAUGGGAAGGUGGGGCAAAAAGAUGGAGAGCGAACUACGACGUUUCGUUUUUGGGAUUACGACUCGGUUAAAGAUUAUGGACUGAAAUUUGGAUUCUGUUUGUGGUCCCAUGCUAGUUACUUGGGGGACCGAGGUGGAGUGCACAUGGGGGCGAGAGUCUUUGCGAUUUUUUACGUGAAGUUCACAAUAGAACUGCAACUGCUGAUUCUCCGGAUUGUUUUUACCUCGGUUUCUAAAAGGCCAUGGGCUCGGCCGCGGGCUUUCUCGUAAGCGACGUACUGCUGCGGACGCCUAAGUACGCAGACGCGGCAAAUUACGAUGUCAAUACCUUGCAGAGUCAGCUGGCGCUGAAACUGAAUCCGAAUAUUAAGGCGAGAAACAAGCGCCGCGUGAUUUUUGCGGCAAUGAUUUAAGCCAGCAAGAGGUACUAAUCGCAAUUAUAGCAUUGAAGAUCUUGUUUUGAAUUUCAGGCAAUUAUGGGACACUUGUAUCUAAGCAGCAUGCGGCGCUGAAACUCCUGGACAACCUCGCGGAAGGCGUGGUUAUCCGGCCUGCGGGGGGUGCCGAAGUGACGAUAUUAUGGAAAGUUACUAAUUGUUCCAUAGAUAGUUCACUCUAGUCGGGUAACCCAGCAGUAAGUCCAAUUGUUUUCUGUCCAAAUCCCACCUAACAUAAGCCUGGAUUCAGAAUAUGGUACUGCAAAACCUGUAGUUGUCCAUAUUCCUACUUGAUUGUCCCAAGUUCAUUGUAUCCUGCCGAUCCAAGCGGCCUAUUUUCAUUUGAUUGCCCCACGUUCAUUGUAUCCUGCAGACCCAAACGGCACGAAGGAGCUGCCGGUAGCGCGGUUCAUGUUGAAACGGAAACCAGCACGCUUUUCAGAGGAGAUCGACAAUGUGGAGACGAUGCAUGGAGGUGAAACCCCGGAAGCAGUGUUUCGCACUCGGAUCGCGCGUCUAGUCAAUCUGAAUCGUCUCGCAUCAGUUGUGUCGAAGGCGCCGCCGCCGGAGGGUGUUUAUGCAAGAGUUUUUACUUACUUACUUACUUACUUACUUACUUACUUACUUACUUACUUACGCGCUGUGGUAGAAUGUUGAAUUUCAAAUGGAGUUUCUGAGGACACUGUCCUACAGACUUUUACGCACGGAGCAUAUCUGGUUUCUGAUGUUGUCGUCGUGGUACACUCUUUCCUUGCCGCUACGCGAGGGUCUUUCGUGGAGACGCGCAGGAGUAACUUCUAAUCAAACCACGCUACAGCAGAGGAAUGGUCCGUCUGGACUGAGCAGAUUGUUUCUGAUUUUGCCGGAGACGUGUGGGAAGCUUUCUGGUCGUCGGGCUGCGAUCUUGGGAGUGUGGAUUUUAUGGGAGUAGCACACGACGUAGGAGGAGCAGGUCUUGAUACCUUCUUCUCUUACUCAAUUUGAUAUCUUAGAUUUUCUUGCUCAGCUACCAGAAGAUCAGGGAAUUCGACGUGCAACUUGUUUACUUUCACUGAGACUUGUGCCUCUGUUGAGCUUGAAGAUACGAGUGAAGCAAGUAAAUGUCUUGAUGUGCUCGCGAUAUUUCCCUCUCAUGCACAACGACAUGGGUAACGAGUACGUGGAAAACGAGUGCCGCCGCGUUGUCGAUAAGCGCUACGGUGUCGUGUCCUGAAUCGCUUUGAGCAUACUUACCAAAGAUCGGUAAAGGCCGGGGCAAUAUUGUCCGGUGUAGCGAGGCUCAUUUCAGUGCCUAGGAGGUGGAGGGAAAAUCUCAGAAACUGGAAGCUCCGCUAAGAUUAGAGAAGCAACUUGGCACACACCCAGCCCAGCCUGAUUAUACCGUGAGAAAUGGGGAGUGCCCACACGGCGCAUGUUGAGGACCGACGCCACCGAUGGGACUCAGAAGAUUCUGAUGUAGCAACUAACCUGCAACAUGGUUGAUUAUUGGCUGGAGGAGUUUCUUUUUCAAAAAAUUGAAAUUUCCAUGGUUCUCUUCGAGCGUUGCUGGAACUUCCGAAGAUUCUCGUUCAUGAUGGAGAGUUUCUUCUUCGCGUCACGACGCUCAACAGGAUAUCACGACGCUCAACAGGAUGUCAGCGUGCAAAAAACAUUCCUUCG